AUGGCAGACGGCCGAUCUUCCGCCUCCGUCGUUGCUGUUGAUCCUGAGAAGGCCGCACGGGAAAGGGAUGAGGCGGCCCGUGCCCUUCUUCGGGACAGCCCCCUGCAAACACACCUGCAAUACAUGACCAACGGCCUUGAGCUCACUGUGCCUUUCACAUUGAAGGUUGUUGCAGAGGCGGUUGCUUUCUCGCGCGCCAAAGAGGUAGCGGAUGAAGUUCUCCGCUCCGCUUGGCAUCUUGCAGAUACCGUUCUGAACAAUUUUAACCCCAACAGCGAGAUCUCCAUGAUUGGCAGGCUUCCGGUUGGUCAAAAGCACACUAUGUCUGCCACGCUUAAGAGUGUCAUUACGUGCUGUCAACACGUCUUCAACUCUUCCCGUGGGGUGUUUGAUCCUGCCACUGGACCAAUCAUUGAAGCGUUACGUGCCAAAGUUGCAGAGAAAGCCUCCGUGUCGGAUGAACAGAUGGAGAAGCUUUUCCGGGUCUGCAACUUUCCCAGCAGCUUCAGCGUUGACUUGGAAAUGGGCACCAUCGCCCGCAAGCACGAAGAUGCUCGCUUUGAUCUGGGCGGUGUGAGCAAGGGCUACAUAGUGGACUACGUCGUGGAGAGGUUAAACGCAGCUGGAAUUGUCGAUGUUUACUUUGAAUGGGGCGGUGACUGUCGUGCAAGUGGUACGAACGCGCGACGCACACCAUGGAUGGUAGGCAUUAUUCGGCCGCCGUCCAUGGAGCAAUUGCGAAAUCCACCAAAGGAUCCUUCAUAUAUCCGUGUCCUGCCACUAAACGAUGAGGCUCUGUGUACGAGUGGGGACUACGAGAACUUGACAGAAGGCUCCAACAAGAAGCUUUACACUUCCAUCUUUGACUGGAAAAAGAAGGAUCUGCUGGAGCCCGUUGAAAGUGAACUGGCGCAGGUUUCCAUCAAGUGCUACAGCGCAAUGUACGCUGACGCACUUGCAACGGCAAGCCUCAUCAAACGUGACAUUAAAAAAGUACGGCAAAUGUUGGAGGAAUGGCGUCACGUGCGAAAUCGCGUCACGAAUUACGUUACCUACACACGACAGGGCGAACGCGUAGCCCGUAUGUUUGAAAUAGCCACUGAUAACGCCGAGAUUCGCAAAAAACGUAUUGCCGGUUCUCUUCCUGCACGCGUAAUUGUUGUGGGUGGUGGUCUUGCCGGGUUGUCUGCAGCCAUCGAGGCCACCGCCUGCGGAGCCCAAGUCAUCCUGCUGGAGAAGGAACCGAGGGUUGGCGGCAACAGCGCCAAGGCAACGUCCGGCAUCAAUGGCUGGGGCACGCGCGCACAGGCAGAGCAGGAUGUCUAUGACAGCGGGAAGUACUUUGAGCGCGACACGCACAAAUCGGGUCUCGGUGGCAGCACCGACCCCGGUCUGGUGCGCACACUCUCCGUAAAGAGCGGGGAUGCCAUUUCUUGGCUUUCGUCGCUUGGCGUUCCCCUGACAGUGCUUUCGCAGCUUGGUGGGCACAGCCGCAAGCGCACACACCGUGCCCCCGAUAAGGCCGACGGCACUCCUGUGCCCAUUGGCUUCACCAUCAUGCAAACGCUUGAGCAGCACGUUCGCACGAAGCUGGCGGAUCGCGUGACGAUCAUGGAAAACACUACUGUCACUUCGCUGCUGAGCAAAUCCCGGGUGCGCCAUGAUGGUGCCAAACAGGUGAGGGUGUACGGCGUGGAAGUACUGCAGGACGAGGGGGUGGCAUCAAGGAUACUGGCGGAUGCCGUCAUUCUCGCCACCGGCGGC